CUGCUCCUCCUCCUCCUCUGUAAAACAUCAAGAUCCUCUGGGUUUCAGAGAAGACAGCAGAGGGUGUUUGCUGUGUGAAAAUGAAGGUGAGCCUUGAAGGGAAGAAGGUAAUCUUAGUACCAUACAUGAAAGAGCACGUAGAAAAGUACCAUGAAUGGAUGCAAGACCCAGCCCUUCUUGAAGCCACAGCUUCUGAGCCCCUCACUCUUGAUGAAGAAUAUGAUAUGCAGCUGUCUUGGACCCAGGAUCCCUUCAAACAAACUUUUAUAGUCCUGGACAAGGAAUUGGUUGUUGGAGAGUUUGUUCAUGGAGAUCCCCAUGUUGAAGCCAUGGUUGGUGAUGUCAACAUAUACAUGAAUGACUUGGAUGAUGCUGAAAUGGCUGAGAUUGAGAUAAUGAUAGCUGAGACAAAAAGUCGUGGCAAAGGGCUUGGGAAAGAAUCAGUUCUCAUGAUGAUGGCAUUUGCAGUUGAGAAUUUCGGCAUCCAUUUAUUUCGUGCUAAAAUUGGGGAAUCAAAUAGAGCUUCUAUAAGUCUAUUCCAGAAACUGGGCUUUGAGAAGACUUCUCAUAGUGAAAUCUUCCAAGAGGUAACCUUGGAGCUACCAAUAACAGAGUCAAAGUGUGAGGAGCUUCAUCAGUUAACUGGUAAUCUUCCCUGAUUAAUUGAGUUUGCAAUAGUCGAAGAAAUUUCACCAGGGAGAAGAGAAAGUCAGAAAGGGUAUUUUACUUGUCACAUUAAAGAAGAAAAGUAUGUCUCUCCAUUUCUGGCAUCUCUUUGUCCAAAGAAAAUUUCUCGUGAGAUUAUUUUCUUUUCGGCUUUCUCUGGAAACAAGUAAAUUUCUUUAUUCUCCUUUUUUCUCUUUGGUGCCUAGUUGGAGAUAUCAAUUGAAUGUAGACAUUAGUUACUCUUCAAUUAUCUCAAAUUUUAUACUUUAUAAAUA